CUACUAUCACCUUCAGAAUUACCUGAUCCCACACACACGAGUCACAAACAAUGCGUUUCUCCUCUGCAAUUGCCCUCACCGUCAUUAAUAUUGUUGCUUUAGCAUCAUCGAUAUCUGCUAUGCCCACCGAAGGUUAUGCAGCUGACGCCAACAAAUGUGCCAAGCUUUGCAUUCAUGACUCACAAUGCCGCAGUCUUGACUGCUCUACAUGGCAGACCAUUUUGUUUUUCUGCUCAGUGAGUCGUAUUUUUGCUUUCACAUUGGUGGUGUAUGGCCGUUGAUAUUG